AUGGAUUGCUGCGUCUGUAGCCCCACGGCGGUGGGUUUCCGGUUGCCGAGGAACUCCAUCUGCGUGUCUUGCUACGAGGGAGCUAGGUGCAUGAUCGUCUUCUUGAACGAUCUCGAGAAUGGGAGGUCCUCCGACGAGGGGAGUACGCCGGCCGCCGUGAAGGUAAGUGUCCCCCGCUUCCCUGGUUCUUCUGAUUAUCCGAGGCUCCGUUUUGAUCGUGAUUUCCCAAAGAACUGAGGAUCAGAUUUAUGGAUUUUCUUCGGCCUCUUCGAUCGUCUUCCGGGUCUGAAGGGAGAGACUAUAUGUUCCACCAGUUUGCGCCGCCCCCCCCGAGCUCGUCUUCUGAUGAUGGCCUUGAUUGCUUUCUCUGCAGGGGUUAUCGAAUGUUUUCAAGUGGAUGAAGGAGAUGAAGGAGAUGGAGAAGGCGUUGAACAGGAAGGCGGAGUUCCUCGGCGGCUUUGUGGCAGCGCUGACGGAUGCCCUGCACACAGAUAUUCUGGUGCAACCGGGAGGUGGCGGAGCAGCCAUACCCGCCCACAGAGCCUUGCUGGUAUCCCUUCAACUCAGUUCCUUAUCAUUUGCAGUCAUUCAACGAGGUGUCACUGGGUCGGCUAGGGUUAAGAGGUAGCCCACCAAUGCAAAACCUCUCUCUCUCUCUCUCUCUCUCAUUCUCUCUCUCGCGAUUAGCCUUAAGCCGAGCCCGCCUUCGGACACCCCUGAUAAUCCGGAGUUUUGUAGUAGUUAUCUGAAAAUAAGAGUCGUGUUACAUAUAAACUUACUAUAUUUAUAAUACAUCGAUUUUAAGUAUUGACUGUCUUACUCUGAUAUGUUCGACAAAUAUAUAUAUUUUUAUUAUAAGUAACUUCACAUAAAAUAGGAUGUAAUACUUUUGAUAAAAAAUAUAACACUGAUUCGGCUGUCUGAGUUAGAUAUUAAAAUCGCAUUUUGAAGGUUUUAAUUGAUAAGAAAUCCUAGGGAACCGCGUAUCGUUUGUAAGGCCAUUUUCUUCCAAAGCCCAAAUUACGGUCUACCUGGGCUGGCUCGAAUUUUCUUCCCAAGCCCAACUGUGUAAUUGGGCGGGCUAAGAACAUCCCGGCCCAUUAUUGUGAUUUGUGGGACUGGCUGCGGACGGGGAGAUUCGACCCACCCUCAUCUAUGUCGCCUGUGUUCGUAUGUCUCAGGCGGCGAGGUCGGAGAUAUUCAAGACCGUGCUGAUGUCCGACGAGUGCAAGGCGCCGCCGAGCGUUGCUAUCUCCCUCCCGGAGCUGAACCACGACCAGCUCCAGUGCCUCUUGGAGUUCCUCUACCGAGGAACGAUCUCGGAGGACGACGCCGGCAGGCACGCCUGCGCACUGCUGCUGGCCGCCGACAAGUACGACGUCCCCUUCCUGAAGAGCUUCUGCGAGAGCCGGAUACACGGCACGCUGACCGCCGCCAACGCGCUGGAGGUGCUGGAGGUCUCAGAGGCCUGCGCCAGCGAGACGCUUAGGCGGACGGCCAUGAGCGCCAUUGUGGAGCACGCCGAGGACAUCGUCUUCUCCAGCCGCUUCGAUGACUUCGCCCUCAAGAACGCCCACCUUUGCGUGGAGAUCACCAGGAUGCUGUUGAGGGGGAUGCGGGAUAAAAGAGCUUCAGUGGCCUGUGAUGGCCGCCCGGAGAACUCACAAUGA